AUGUCGUCCGAGACAGAGGGAGCGGACAACGGGACUGGUAAGGUCGACACUGCCCCAGCCAGAAAGCCAAGACCCUCCAAGCCCCUAAUCCCCAAGGACGACGUCGAAGCUAUUCAGAAAAGACACGACGAGGCAAUCGCUUGUAUUCACCCUGACACCAAGAAGCAUCCGUCUAUGUAUCAGCGCGUCGUAGAGUUGAUCAAGAAGUGCAAUGUUCGUCGUGGUUGGGCCGACACUCAGUUCUACAAGGACUUUACAGCCUGGUGUCGCGUCUCUGGACUUGAUGCUAAGCCUGAUCAUGAGAUCUUGCUUGCCACACUUGCGGUUCAUGAAUCCCUGGGCAGCAACAACUUCAAGUUCGCCCAAGAAAUCAGAAAUCGCGGCCUCGAGCAAUGGCUAGAGCAAGAGCUCAAGAAACAUCGACCUUUCGUAACAACACCUACUCCAGCUGAGCCAGAGACGCCUCGAAUCAAAACUGAACCUGGGACUAGGAGCCAGGGACCAGAGCGGGGACAGGCCGAUUCUUCUCGCAGGAACAACAGUAUUCUACCAUCGGUUGAAACUAAUUCUGGAGGUCCUUUUCUUGCUAUGAAACGAACUGCUCCCGACCAUCCAGGCCAACCUGCGAACAAGCGUGCAAGCGCUCAGGUAGAUCAGGCAAGUUUCACUGCCAAAGUCCACCGACUCGCAGAACUUCAAGCCUCGCAGCAAAGAAUUGUCCUCCGAGACGCAGGGACGCAGACCGACAGCGACAUCUCUCUGGAGAGAAUCUCGGAGCCAAUGCUUGAGGCUACCAAAGCCAUGAAGGCGAACAAUGAGAAGCAAGACGAACAAAUCCGAACUUUGAUGGAACACAAUCGAUUGCUCGCUGAUUUUCUUGGGAGAGUUCAAGCUUCCCAGCUGAGGCCUGCGGAAAGUAUUCCCCGACAGUACUAUCAAGGUCAACCCCAGGAGAUCAUUCCGCUGCAAGCUGUCAAUCAUCAGCCGCCUACCUACUACUACGAACGCUCUCGAGUGUCUGGCAACAGUGGCCAGAUCUUCAGGUUCGACUAA